GAGGCAGAUAAGGAUUUUGGCUGACUGUGGAGCCACGAAGCUUAGCUGAAGUCUAACUCCGUCACCUGAUUCUCUUCAAUCGAUUUUCUAAUUCCAGAGCAUAUUCGAUUAAAUUGAACAAUAGAGGGACAUUCUCUUUUUAGCGGUGCCGUACUUGCCCGUGGAUCCCUGUUUUAUUCCGCAACCUUGUUUUCAUCUGGAAAUAAUGCCAUUUUAAUUUACUUGAUGCUAAAAGAUGGAUGUGGAUAACAAGAAAUUUGGGCGAGGCCUGCGCGAGCUUUCAGGUUCCGUAGACCUCAUAAGGCACUUCAAGUUGCUGCCACAUCAUGAGUUCUUCUGCAAGAAUUCACUUCCAGUAUCAGUAUCAGAUACACACUAUCUGCAUAGUGUUGUGGGAGAUGCAGAAAUCAGGAAAGGGGAAGGAAUGCAAUUAAAUCAGCUCAUUGAGGAUACUUCAUUUUCGAGCGAGACAAAUGCACGGAUAAAACCUUUUGAUCUAGAUGUUCUGGUAGAGGCAUUUCAUCUGAGGGAAACAACACCAAUUCAUCUCCCUCCCUCUGAGAAGGGGAUUCCGACUAUAGCAGGCAAGUCUAAGAGUGAGUCCAAAGAGAAGGAUAAAAAACACAAAAAACAUAGGGACAGGGACAAAGAUAAAGAUAAAGAGCAUAAGAAGCAUAAGCAUGGUCACAAAGAUCGAAGCAAAGAUAAGGACAAAGAGAAAAAGAAAGACAAAAGCGGUCAUCAUGAAUCCGGUGCUGAGCAUUCAAAGAAACAUCAUGAGAAGAAAAGGAAGCAUGAAGGAGAAAAAGACCUUAACGAUGUUCAGAAGCACAAGAAAAGCAAGCACAAGAGCUCAAAGAUUGAUGAAAUGGGUCCAACAAAGGUAGCAGGAUAAAGGCGGACUCUAAGCAGUGAAGUUGAGAUUGUGGCGUUGACAAAGAAAUAAUGGAAAUAAGUGUUUUGUAGUUCAUUGUGAUUGGGUAAUGCCGCCGUAAUGGGCAGGGUGGAUUUGGUUCCUGUAAAAUAAGGCUAUGAGCUGAAUUAUGUCCGCCUCGUUUUGUUCUUGUUCCAGUUUUAGUUUUGAGAUUUUGAAUCAGAGUUGCGUAUACUUCUGAAGAAGUUUGACAUAAAUCUUAAAAAUAAAUGCAAGUGACAUUGAAGGA